AUGAUGAAAAUUAACAAAUUGCUGGAAAUUAAUGUUAACGAACUCACGAACGAUUUGAAUAUUUUUAAUAAGAAUAGUAAAGCCAUUCAAAAUAUAAGAAAAAUCGAAACAACCAGAAACAAGUGUUAUUCUAAUAGAAGAGCAGUGUCCAAAUGUGAAAAUGCAGUUACCAUUUCUCUAGAAAAGUACAUAUUCAUUUGUGUCAGGAGAAAAAAUACCUGGAGGAUUUUCCGAUACAACUAUUUUCACAAAAUUGACAAAUGCAUAUGCAUUGAUCACUUGGACAUUCUAAUAUUGCAAAGGAACAAUAGCAUUUUUGUGCAAAAAUUCGAAAAAGUGGAUAAAAACAAAACGAUAAAUGAUAUAAGAUUAUUAAGAAGACAAGAUGUUUGCUCGAACGCUCUUUUUUUUUGUGUAUACAAAGACUGUAUUUAUAUUGUCGAUCGAAAUGGAAUCUUAUGGGAAAUAGAUGUUAAGAGUUGUCUAAACCCAAACGAGUCUCUAAAACAAGUGGACAUUCUAGAUUUCAAAAAAAAUAGUGAAGUAUAUUUUAAAAUUAAAAACCAGAAUAUGCUAAUUAUAUCCUAUUGUAAUGAUGAAAAAGGGAAGGAAGUUCACGUUGUUAUAUACAAUAUACAAAGGAAGAAAUCUGAACAUUUUCAAUUGAUUGUAUCUACCGAUAUGGAACUCGAAGAGAAUAAAAAAUAUAUUGAUUGUGUAGAUUUUAAUAAAAAUUACAUAGGUGUAUUAUUUAGCUCAAAUGAACUGACAUUUUAUGAAAAGAAGAAAGAAAGCAACAAAUACGAAUUUUUUAAAUAUCUUGAUAAAAAUAAAUCAAGUAUAUUGAAAUAUUUUAACAAUAGGAGUUUAAAAGAUAUAGAAGAAUAUUCAUCAGAUCAUAUAGGAAAAAUUAAUAAAAUUUCUUCCUUUCAAAUAAAUGAAGACAAUAGUUUACUCCUAAUAUAUAGUGAAUUUUUCCUACCAAAUAUGAAUGUUAGUGGAAACAGUUAUAAUUAUACAUCUUUUAUAAGAAACACGAUGAAUACAAUAAAUUUGUAUUACAAUCAAAUAGAAAAAAUACUUUUCUCAAGGGUUUUUCCUCAAGAUAAAUUUAAUAAUAACUCCCUGCUGUAUGACAUCAAUGAGCAGCUGGUCAAAAGUGUUAACUUACACAUGUGUUCUGUAUACUUAUCAGAUGUUCGUACGAGUACUGCAAGAAUAAAUUUCGAUGAUGACAUUUUUGCCUUAUAUGCAGAAACCAUUCAAGUAUUGAACGAACGUUUGGAUAGAAUAGAAAAUGCUGGAAAUGUGGGAAACGAGGAAAUCCACAAAUAUGUGGAACUGAGCGAACAUGUGGAACAAAGGAGGAAUGAAAUUUUAAACCUACGAGCAUAUUUAGACAUACAUGACAUAAAUCAAAACAAAAUGAAAAUGUUUACUAACAAAUUAAAUGAGGAAUCAUCAGAAAAGGGGUUUUUAAAUAUGGAUUUUUUGAAAGACAUAACAAAAAACAAAGGAAGAUCAGACGAGCUAUAUGCCAGCAGUAAUUUAUACUUGUGUAGCAUUGAUAAUUAUUAUUUAAUUUUGGAAAAUGCAAAUGAUGAUUAUAAUUUAAUUUUAUAUCAAAUAAAAUUUUUGAAUGAAUCAGAAUUUUUAAUACAUUUAUUUUUUUACAACUAUUACAGUGCUAUCCUAGAAGCUGAACGAACUCAUUUUUAUUCCAUACACCAACUCUUUGUAUACUCUAUUUAUGACCAUUCAGGAAGAUACUUCGGGGCCCCAUUGAGCGAUUAUCAGUGCUUGUUCAAGAUAAGAAAUUUAUUUGAUUUCUUAGAGAGGGCCGUGACAUAUGAUCCAUUUCUGUUUAGAGAGGAAGAUGAUGAAAACAUAAUUGAAUUACUAAAUUUAAAAAAUAACGGAAUCGAUAAAUAUAGACAUAUUCCUACAAAUAUGAAUAAAAAUGAAGAAAAUAAUAAUUUUCAUGAUAUGUUUUACAUUUUGAAUGAAUCAGGUGAUAAUGCUACAUCCAAAUAUGUAAAUAAUUAUUACAAAAUAAAAAAAAUAAACACCAAAAAUAUGAUUCAACACAUUGAUAUAGAUAUACAGUUGCUCAAAUUAAAAAGUGUUCUCUCUGCCUCCCUACGAGCUAUUAAUUAUCUCUUGAAUGAUGGCAAGUCAAUUAGUGAUAAGGAUCGGAUGAGUGAUGAGAACCUGAUGAGUGAUGAGAACCUGAUGAGUGGUGAGAACCUGAUGAGUGGUGAGAACCUGAUGAGUGGUGAGAACCUGAUGCGUGGUGAGAACCGGAUAAAUGAUGAGGAUCUGUUUCGCUCUGCAGGAAUAACAUCGGAUGAAUACAAAGAUGAAGAAUACAAAUUUAUGAUCAUGUUAAUAAAAGAUAAAACAAUGAAAAUUAAAAGGGAAAGUACCAAAUGGAAGAAUAAAAAUGGAUAUUUUUUUAGGGUCUCAUGUGACCACGAAGAUGAAGUAUCGAAUGAGAGUAAACAUAGAAAGGAUUCUCAAUCGGAUGAAGAAAAUCGAGUGAACGAGAUAUGGGGAUUCUCAAUAGAUCAAGAAGAACUCAACAUAAUGGAGAGUGUAGACAGAAGUUCUUCCUCCAGUCUGUCACACGAUGGACAAAAUGGAGAAGUAAAGAAUGGAAUGAACAAAAAUUCAUUCCUCUAUGAUGUAGAUUUUUAUUCUUUUAGAGAAAGUUAUACAUCUGUAAGGGAAAAAGAAAUUAUAAAAAAGAAAUUACUCGUAUAUAGAAAGGAAAUAAUACGACAAGUGUAUAAAUACAAAUUGUACAUGUACUUAAUGAAACUUCUAGAUAUGGAAAGACGGAGGAAAAAAAACUAUUCUAUUGGCACACCACUUGAAGGAGAAGGAUAUCAAAAUUUAAAUUCUGAAAAAUGGAACAGUAACAGUGUUAAUAAAAAUAAAUUUUCAGACAUUUUUAGCAUUUUCAAGAAAAAUAUAAACGAUUCGACAAGUAUAGGUGAAGAAGAUAAUUUCAAUAGAACUGCGAGUGCUGAUGGAUUUAUUUUAAAAAAUUAUGAAAUGGAUGCAACUAAUAUAUACAUAGUUAGUUGGACAAAAUUUAAGUAUUAUUACACACCAUUUGAUAUUGCAAAAUAUUUUCUAAUUAACCAGAAUUAUAUUUUAAUUAAAAUUUUUUAUAAAUAUUUUCAAUAUUUUAUUAAUCACAAUUGGAAAAAAAUAUUUUAUUAUAUUCCUUUAAAUACCAAAAUUGAAGAUUACUUUUUUUUGCUGCCAUUGGUUAGGAUGUCAGUGGACACUCCAAGCAACACUUCAUUGAAGGGCAAACUUUUUUCCGUGAACAGCAUUUCUAAUGAUAAAGUGUGUUGGCCAAUCGACAAUCUAACUGCGAAUAAAACACUGCAUUGUGCAAAUAUUGGUUCCUAUAAUUGUGCUGAGGGAAAAAACAAUUUUUUUGCAUCAAAAUUUUUAAAUGUUAACCCAAGCGAUGAGGAGGAGGAGCAGGUGCAACAGAAGGAGCAACAGCAGGAAGAGGAGGAAGAAGAAUACAUCAAGUGGAUGCGAGAAAACAAAACUUCUUACCCUCAUCAUGCUAACAGUUACGACAUAUAUUGUGAUGAGAAUGAAUUUUUCGAAUUUUUUUUCAGUAGAAGUAUUGGCAUAAUAAAAAGAACACAUUUGAUAAAAAGUCGUCUCUUGGCCUUUAUCUACAUUUGUCUGAAGCAAAUAAAUCAAGAUAAUAUUUAUGAAAAUUUUAAAAUUGAUACAGUUUUGAAGAGGUACAUAUUUGAUGGAUCAUAUUUUUUUUUUGAACCAUCUUAUGGAAGAAUUCCUGCAAAAGAGAAAGAUGAUAAAAACUCUGGGAUUGGAGUUCUCGAUGAAAGUGGCAUUGGAAGAGAAGCACUAACAAGACAUGAGAAAGGGAAUGUACUGAUCGAGCGAAAUUUGAAGGCUGAUCUUACUGCAGAUCUUACUGCAGAUCUAACUGUAGAGCCCAUAUUUGAUGAUCCCCUUUUCAUAAAGAAACACUUGAAUGUAAAGAUAAAAAAAUCGAAAAUUCCAAACCAAAAUGUUAUGCUUCUCUACAGUUUCUUCACGCUCAUUAAAUUGUACGUGAUUUGCAAGGAAAAUCAUAAAAAUGUGAAAUUUGAGGAAUUUUUACACAUGGAUAUAUACAACCGCUUAUGUUUAAUCCUCGAGUUUGACAUAAAGUACAUGACUCUAGAGUAUGAUCAGGAGUGUUAUAUAAAAAUAUUUUACGAGAAAUUAGAAGAAAUUUUAAACGAGUAUAACUUUAUCGAUGAACAUAUUGCUUACACACAUGGAACGAAUUACAAUAUUUUUGAAAAAGAAAUUGUAAAUUUGCAAUAUGGAAGACAAAACAAUAUGUUAGAAUGCAUAUAUUUCAACUUGUUAUAUACGUCUCAACAAAUUUUUAUAAUACUCUGUUUGAAGAGUUUAGAAAUGCUACAGGGCAGAAAUGACACCAACGAAGAACAAGCAGAGAAGAGACUUAAGAAAAUGGAUUAUUAUACUAGACCCAAUCAUUUGAUUCUAAAUGCAGAUUUUGAUCAAGCACAAGGGAAAAGAGGAAAAAUAAUAUCUAAAUAUAGUAGACAGGAAAAGCUAAAUUCCCAAUCAAAGCGAAAAGAUGAAUUGGAUAAAAUUUAUAUUUUUCUAAAAUAUAUUUAUUACGCAUAUAAACAUAAAGUUAUUUUGAGGAAUGAUUAUGAAUUUUCCUUUUUGUUUUUAAUAAUUUUCUACAAAUAUAUGCACAUUAAUUUACUGCAUUUUACAUCCAUAUUUGGAGAUUUCUACAGCCUGCUUCCAAGACAGAUAGUGUUGUCAUGCGAAUCAGAAAUGUGGACAGAAGUGGAAUCACGACAUAAAUUGAGCAUCUCCCAAUGUGAGAACUUUGAUCUGAGAGAACUUUUCCAAAGAAGGAAUGAAAACAAAAAGGUAAUAUUUUAUGAUGAACAUUUGAAUCGCAUUGUCUCCUAUUACUAUGAAGGAACGAAGGAAUGUAUGACAAGAGAGAAACACGCACUGGAUGAGUUGAAAGAUGAUAACAUGAAGGGAGGGGAAGCUAAGGUAGUAGAAACACUUUUGGAUAUAUUCGAAAAAGAUUUGAAUUCUCUAGAGCUAUUAAAAUAUCUAAAAAAAUAUAUUCCUGAAGAAAAAGAAGAAGACGAAUUAAAAAUAGACAUAGAUCUUAUUAUCAGUUCAAGAAGUAAUAAAAGAAAGUGUAUAGUCAACAUAUUUAAAUUAUUUAAAAAAAUAAUGACAUGUACAAAUUAUAAGGAUAUGAACUUUACGAAAAAUUGUUUUCAGUUAUAUCAUAAUUUAUUUUACUUAGUAGACGUACACUUGUUUUUCUACAUCCUGUUUUACAUUAUCCUUUUCUAUUCAAACGAUUUGGAAUAUUUAAAUAAUUUUUUAAAAUAUUUCCAGAAGGAGUAUAUUAGUGGUGACAGUGGCAGAAGUGGUAGUAACAGUGGCCGUGAUCACGAUCCUCUGCUGAAUAAGACCAAGUCAGAUGUAAUAAUAAAUUACCUACUUCUAAAUAGAGUUAAAAUAAUAACAAUCGAUGAAAACUUUAUGGAUAUGUACACAUUUUUAAAAAAUAUAUAUUCUGAAAAGAAAGGCAGAUUUUUAUCCCAUUUGAGAGAGAAGAAUCGAGAAAUUUUAACGAAUUUAAAAAUUUUACGCUAUAUUCAAAUUUUUGUAAAUGAGGAGAAAAAAAAAAUACAAAACAUAAAAAAAAAAUAUGUCAGCAUGACAUCUGUGAGUCAUUAUUUACCAACAAAGUAUAUACAGAAAAGUGUAUCAAACGAAGAUAUACAUACAUCCUUUUCAAAACUUAUUUCUAAUUCGUAUGAAAAGUGUAUUAACAAGGAUACCAAAAGUAGACUUGGGGAGCAAAAUAAUUACAUGGCAUUUUUUUACAAAAAUAUUUUAUUCGAUUCCUAUGUUAAGAUAACUAUUGAAAAAAAUAAAUUUCAAAUUUUUAGAAAUAUCAUGGAAAAUGAUCUCACAAUUUGUUACAACAGAAGGAAGACAAUAAAGUUGAUUAAAUUAUUGCAUUUAAAAAAGGACCAACUUAUAGAUUCUCUCCUUUUUGUUAUUGACAUCCUACAAUCACAUAGAAAAAUUAAAAUGCUUUCUUUUUAUUUGAUUCUUUUCCUCAUUCUUUUUCAAAAGGAUGAAUUAGAAAAAGACAAAAAAAGAAUUCUUCAAAAUGUUAUUCAAUAUUAUGUAAAAUACUCAACCCAACCAGUUAACUAUGUCUAUAAUUUUGCUAUGUCUCUUUUUUCCUAUUUGUCAUUAAAUCAACCUGAUUAUAUCAGUCAUUUAUACAAAUUAAUUAUAAAAAAAAGGGAUUAUUCAUUCAACACUAUAAUGAUUAGUAAAGGGAUGAGUUACAACACCAGAUGGAAUUAUAACUCAUUCGAAACAAUGUAUAACUUCUUACAAGAUGAUAAUUUUGGUUCUUCUAAGAUGAAUGAAGGGGAUAACUUACAUAGAUUCUCACAUCUACAUAAUCACACAUGGGGUGAUCAUUUUAAGGAAGUGCCAGAUAAAAAUAGAGGUAACAUUAUUAACAGCAUUGAAAUUGGAGAAACAUCAAAGGUGGAUAAUAAAAAAAAUUUAGAAUCCUUCGACAAAUGUAUGCUGAUGAAGACAGAGGUGUUGUCCAACAAAUCGGACAUGAUACGAAUGGAUUUGUCUAAUAAUCUCAGUACAGAUCAAAUGGAAAAUGAUAAUCCAUCGCAAGUCAUGCUGAAGUUAAAGGAAGGAUGUCUCAAUGAAAUGGACAAGCAACAUCCAUUGGAAGGAAGUGCUAGAAUUGGUGCAAGUACUCUCAUUGACCUUAGUAUCGAAGGGAGGGUGAAGAAACAAAAUGGUCGCAUCGUAGAUGAUACAAACGAAUGUCGAGGGGGCCAAGUAGAAAUGAAAGCAAAAGACGAAGCAAAAUUUUUUGAGCUCCUUAAUUCCAAUGAAAAUUAUAUUGAUGAUUGUGCUGAGGUAUGGAGAGAGGACUUAGGAUCCAGCAUCCUACAUAACAACGAAGGUGAGAAAAGUGAUCAGGGGUCAAUUAAACUGGAGAAUAUAUUCACUGAUACAAAGUUGGAAGUGGAGAGUGUAACAUGUUCUGGUGAUGCAUUGAGUGGAAGGGAUGAUUACGCCGAUGGAAACGGGUCGAAAAAAAGUGACUCGAAGGGAGGGGAAGUGGAAGAGUUGGAAGUGGAAGAGUUGGAAGUGGAUGAAAUGGAAGAAGUGGACGAAAUGGAAGAAGUGGACGAAAUGGAAGAAGUGGACGAAAUGGAAGAAGUGGACGAAAUGGAAGAAGUGGAGGAAACGGAAGGAGUGGACGAAAUGGAAGAAGUGGAGGAAAUGGGGAAUGAUAAAGAGUUUUUGUCAAGUGUAGGCCACUCAAAAUGUUAUGAACAGGGAGGAGGAAGUAGAGGUCAUACAGCUUGUGAAUACAAUUUGGAAGAGAAAAAUCCCCAACACAAGGAGAUUAUAAGAAUCAUAGAACACGAAAAAAAUGAGAAUAAAGGUGCUAACUCUCCUACUUACAACGAAACAAAGUGGUCAAAUGGAGGGUUCCUUCUUGGAUACUCGCACAGCAAGGAAAACGGAAAAGAGGAAGAAAAUAUAUUACUCAACAAUUCGUUGUUGUAUGCAAAUCGAAAAGAUGAAAAAAUAUACAAUAAGAAUGCCCUUAUUUAUGUACUACAAAAGGCAAGUAGAAGAAUAAAUAAACAUAAUGUAGCAAAAUGGAACAUUGAUUAUAUCAGCAAAAUGGUCGGUUUAGUGAAAAGUGUUCUUAAGAGGAAAGAAAACAAAUUGAAAGGAAUGGAGAAUACAUUACAUAUUCUUCACCCCUUUACUACCAAAGAGAGUAAUUUGGAAAAAGAAUCCAUGAGCAAUAGAAGGAAAUUAUACUAUUCGUUGCUUUGCAAUGAUGUGUAUUUUGCAUUUUUACAUUUGUUAGAUGUUGAAGAUUACGGAUUUAUUUUCUACUUUAUAAAGAAAAUAAUUUUAAAUAAUUCCAUUCUCAUAAAAAGGAAAAUUGAUAUUUUUGAAAAGAUACUUGCAUGUAUGCACAACUUUUACAUGCAGAAUGGUAAUAAGAAAAGGGGAGGGGAAGAUCCUCCAUUUACUUGCAUUCAAGACAUGCACCCAUUUUUGAAAAAAAUAUUUUGCCUUUUGACCAUCGUAAAAUAUUUGCUUAGCCAUUUCCAUUUUAACAAAUUAAAAGAAAUAAAUUUGAAAAAACUUCUUAUCCAAAACAGUUAUAAAAAGAAUCUAGUUGAAAAUAUGGACAAAAAAACGUGUGAUGAAAUUUUACAAAUUUUAAUAAAAAUUGGGGAUAUUGCAAAAAUACCAUUACUCGACUUGAAUAUUCAACUAUUACAAAACAAGAAUUACCUUGUGUAUAAUUUGUCGCUAUCGGAUCAUAAUAAAGAAAUAAUAAAAAAAUUGCCAAAAAGUAGCAGUAAUAACAACAUCCUUAUUGGUGAAGAAGAUACAAACGAGUUUAAACGAUUUCAGUUUUUGUUCGAAAUUGAAGUGGAAAAACAGAUUCUGUAUCAUUUCCAGAGGAAUGAUAAAAAUUGUCUACUUAUAUAUAUUACAACAAAUUUUAAUUACUUAAAUUAUAACAUCCAUUUUGUAAGAAAAAUUGUAUAUUAUAUGUAUGAAACAUUGCUGUAUUUCAUUUGUCCAGUUGUGUGCUUUUUGAGAAUUUCCUUUUACAACUUCGACAUGGGAAAUCUUUUCCUUUCUCUGUCGCGAGUGCUGAAGAAGUUAAAUAGAAACCAACUGUUGAAAAAGCUACUGGAGCUUAGGUAUCUUUGGUUGCAUCUGACAUCUGGGACAGAUGCCAAAGCGGGGAAUAUGAACCUGAGCAGAGGUGGAAAAGCCACAGAUGGAGAGGCAGCAGAUGGAGAGGCAGCAGAUGGAGAGGCAGCAGAUGGAGAGGACAGUGCUUAUACGAAAGGAAACAAGGAAGAGAGUGAUCUUCUCACAUGUCGCACUGCCAAUAUAGGAAGGGAAAAGAAUUGUGAUAGAAUCAGAACACCGGAGAGUAGAAGAGAAAGGAAAUUGGAAACACAGCAGGGGAAAGAUAAGGUGAUAAGUAUGUUAUAUGAGUCUAAAAUAUUGAACUGUUUUAACUUUCACAUUAAACAAUUACAAGAGAAUAAUUCGAUAUUUUGGAAAAAUGUAACCGAUUCUGUUAUGGUUAAUAAGAGAGAAGUGGAAACAUACAAUCUUGGGAAGAAGAGUAAAUACAUUUUUGUUACUCAUUUGAUGAAUAGGUUUAAUAUAAUGCCAUAUCUAUACGAUAUAUGUUUCUUAUUGAAACAUUUAAAUAUUCAAUUAGAUCUGUUUUACUAUGCAAGUGAAGACAUUUAUGAAACUGUGAAGGAAUUCUUCGAUGCAAGAGAGGAUGAUUAUGUGAAAUAUCAUUCUCUAUUCACGUUAUUAAAGUGUGAUUUUAUUUAUAUAUUUAGAAUUAAAAAUGUGGAAAAUAAUAUAUCAAAAUUUUUCUAUUUUAAUGAAAAAUAUCACAAGUGUUUUUUAGAUUUUUACAUCUAUCACUAUAUUUCAUUAAAAUUAGAAUCUGUAAAUAAUUCGUCGAAAAAUUUGCUUGAACACAUUUUGAACAUACCUCUAACACAGUUUUGCAGAAAUGUAGAAUACAACUUUUCCAGAUGGAUUCUCUUAAGCAAAAGACAAAUGCAUCAAUUUUUACAUUUUUACAAUAUGGUUGAUAAACUUAAUAUAUAUUAUUCAGAUCUUGUUCUAGAGUUAGUCGUAGACAAUUUGCAUCAAAUAGAUUCUCUUGUAUCUCUUCUUUUCAUUUAUUGCGACAGGAACAAGAGUUCAAGCCAUCGAAUCACAAAGAUGGAAAGACAUAUACUUCUCAAAGUACUGAUGAUAUUAUUUUUUUCCUCUAUAAAAUUUCGAAAUGCUAAUUUUUCUCUCAAUGAUUUCUUUCGCUUUUACUUGUCUGCAUACCGAGAUGGAACAGACAAUAUUCCCACGUUGACUCAGCACCAUGGAUAUGGAACUAAUGAGAGAAAUUUUUGUAACGAUGAAGAUGCUGAAUUCACUUGUGAACCUAUAGCUUGUAGCACGAAUUCGUUAGAAAUAGAUGAACAACUGUACAUUGACAAAAUGAUGGAUAUGAAGUAUGAGGACGAGGAAUACAUACAGGAUCAGAUAUCGCAUGAUGAAAAUUUUGAACAUAGCACGAACACGAAGGGUGAAAUGGGCAAUGUUAAAAUGGAUGAUACCAAAGUUGGUAGUAUCAAAAUGGACAGUAUCGAAAGGGAUGGAGCUGAAAGGGAUGGCAACAUGAGGAACAGCUGUAUGAAUACCAUAGUAGAAAGCUCCUCAACCGAGGGAAAGAACAUGUACACAGAUGAAGAGCAAUUCCUCAUUAAUGAAAUAAAUAAAACUUUUCAAAAAGAAUAUGAAAUUAGUAGCAUAGAUUGUGAGGAUGUACCAUGUGGGAGAGGAAAAAAACCAAGUGGCAUAUAUCUCGAUUUGGAUGAUAGCAAAAUUAGUGACAUUGAAAAGUUGCAUAAGUUUGAACAUACGAGUCGCGAUCCAAUGUGUGAACGAAUCGGUGUAAUGGAAGAAGUCAUUAUUAAUUUUUGUCGUGAGCGCUUAAGCAUCCGAAAUGUUAUAAAAAAAGUUUUAAGAAAUGAAUUGAAGACAAUUUUAUUUUUAAAUUUUUCAGACAGUGAAAGUGUGUUCAAUAUAUAUAAGAAAUCAAAGCAAAUUUAUCACGUUUUGCACAAUUUAAAAGGGGAAAAUGUUUUCUAUACGCUUGAGAUGAUGGUUUCAUUGCUCUUGAAAAAUAAGAGAAGGAGACAUAGAAAUCGGUUUAUUUUUCAUUUUUUUAUAAUUCUGCACAUUUUGCAUUAUGUGAAGAGAGAAGCGCACACAAUGUGGAAGCAGGGAAGUGGUGACAGAAGUGGUGAUAUACUGAAACCAACUGUGAAAGAUGAAAAAAAGAAUAAGGCAAAUUGGCUUUCAUCAGAUGGUGUCCCAGACUGUGAAGAUAAUUUUGCCCGUUCUCCAGAGUACAAUAUCCCCAAUGAAGACGACAAAAUGGUGAAUAAAGAAACCAUUCUGAAGUGCUUAACAUUGCUUCUUUUCACAAAUUUAGUAAAUAUAUAUUUACCAUCGAUUAACAAAUUACAAGUUGUGAAAGAAAAAUGGUACAUAUCAUUUGACAAUUCUAAAAGAGAGAUAAGGAUGGAAGAAGACGUGGGAAAUUUUGUACAUUUAAUAUUGAAUGAAGUGAACGAGACAUAUGUUGGAGGAUAUGAAUUUGUGUAUAUAAGUCUCCUAUUGUUGAUGGAGUAUUGUAUAGAAAUUAUAUGUGAUGAGAAUUUCUUACCAUCCCUUAGAAUAUCAUAUAUUUUUCUGUGUAAAAAAAUGGAAAAAUUUUUAAAGGAAUAUAAGAAAGAAUACAAUUGUGUAAAAGAUGAUAAUGAUGAUAAGAGGAAAGAAGUAUUUUUCAAUUUUAUAAAUAAAGAAACGUUUGAAAGUGUUAGAAAUAUACUAAGUCAGAUAUAUUUAAAAAUUUUAUUAAAUUGUGACAAGUCUAUUUUAUUGGUUUGCAAAAUCGUAAUAGGGAAUAGAAUAAAAGUGGAAGAUGAAAUGAAAUUCUUUAAAAAGAUAAAAAGUGAUAUUCUUUACUUUUUCACAUGUAAUUAUUCUUUAAUUAAAUCAAAUAAACAAAAUAUACUACUUGAGAACGACUUGAAAAAUAAGAAAAAAAAAGAAAAUAAUGAUUUAUAUCAAUCCAAAAUUUCUUCAUUCAUUAAGGUACUUUUAGUAAUAAUUACAUACAAUAUUGAUUCAUUUAAAAAUUGGGAAUAUUAUGAAACCAUUAAACAGAUAAUUACUGAUGGGGAAUGGUUCAAAAUUUUUGAUGCCAAUUAUUCUAGAGAAUUAAUUGAGAUGAAUUUUCUUUGCAAGAAACACAAGAGGAAAAGGCUUCAUCGAAAUGAAGACCUGAAUGCAAUUAUGAAUACUCAAAAUAUGGGUGAAAAUCUUGGCAAUCAUGGCAAUCACGGCAAUCAUGGCAAUCAUUCCAAUCAUGACAAUCAUUCCAAUCAUUGCAAGAAUAACAACAUGAAUAGUAAAAAUGGUGCUAUUCCCAUUUUACCAUCUCAUCACAAUGCCGAGACACAACCUUUUGAUGAAGAAGAAGAUGCCAAUAUGGAAGAGUCACAUGAUUCUCACUCCUCCAAUUCUAGCCAUGACGAGCUAAAUAAGGCACUACGAUUUUACUUUGGAUGCAAGGAAAAAUGGGAUCAAAAUGGCAUUCAGAAGAAUUCAGUAGAUGCUAGAAACAGGUACAAUGAUUCUACCCACAUGUCAACUGUUGAAGUUUCAAAAGAUGUGAUACAGGACGAAAAUGAAUUCGUUAAGAAGAGGGAGAAAUAUGAGAAGGGAGAGGAAGCGUGUGAAGCUUCUUACAUUGUGGGUAUAAAUGGUACAGACUUGAGAAGCAAUGAUUUGAAUGAACACCAGACAAAUGACACCAAUCGAAAAUUAGAAAGUGUGAAGUGCAAACAGGAGAAGAAACCAUUCGAGAAACAAAAUCAAGGAGAACAAAAAAGGGAAAAAAGUUACAUGACUAUAGGGGAGGGGGAUGGUCAACUCGUAGUUGAAAAGUUAUCAAGUCAGAGAAAAAAAGUGGAAGAGGAAGAAUGGGAAGCGAACAGAGUAAAAGAAGGAUGGAAAAAGAAUGAACAGGAAGACAGAGACAACGAGGAGGAGGAGGAUGAGGACGAUGACGAGGACGAGUUUGAGCUGAACACUUCCAAGGUGCGAGAAUCGAUCCUAAAUGAUUAUGGAAAAGGGUUUUUCUCAGAGUACAUAAAUAAGUUAAAUGUAACAGAAACAUGUGAUAAACGUUUUAAACAAGUGUAUAAAGAAUCGAAGAUGAUGGAUUUAGUAAAAUAUGCUGCAUACAUUUUGCGAUACUGGAAUAUCGAAAUAGAAGAUUUAGAAAAAGGAGAAAAAGAAGAAGGAUUUCAAAUUUUGAUUUUUUUUGCAAAUUAUUUUCAUUUUUUUGGACAUUUUAUUAAAUAUAAAAUUAUUUUAAAGUUAUAUAUGAAUAAUGAAUUAAACUUAGCAGAUGAACUGUUGGGACAGAAAAAUAAAAUGUGGUCGUGGUAUCGAAAUGACAUUAAGAUAAAAAAUUCAAUUGAAGAUUAUCUCAUGAAAGAUAUUUCCUGUUCUAAUUUUUUCAGUGCAAAUAAUAAUGAAAUUUUUUUAAGAAAUUUCAGAAAGCUUUUUAAAAGAGCUGAUUCGACAAGAGGAAAGGGAUUUAAUUCAGAAAUAAAAAAUAAUAGCUACAUGACUAGGGCAACCCCACUUUUCUAUUUGACCAACUACCACAACAAUAAGUAUAAUAGAAUAUAUUUUAAAAGUAUAUAUAUGCAAUAUUAUUCCUUUUUGAAAUGUUGCAAACGUGAAACGGUGGGGGAGGAAGAGGAGGAGGUUAAUUAUUCAAAUGAUGAAAAUUUUCCGAAAAAAAUGGACAAUGUAGAAAUAAACAUGCAAAAUUGUUCAAGUGACAAAGACAUUUCCUCUCAUGAUGCACAAAAUUAUAUUCCUGUCAAUGAAUCACAGACUGGAUAUUGUAAUAUCCUCCCACUAUUUUAUCUUUCCUUUAUGGACUUGUAUGCACGUACCACAGAUGUGUAUGAUUUUUAUUAUCAAUCAGUUAUUUUCAAGUUAAUGAAAGAAAAUGAGCUAAAUAUUACCAAAGUACAACAGUACCAUCAAGACUUACAAAUGUAUUUUCAGAACAUGCUGAACAAUUAUGAUUUGUAUUUAAUGCUUUUUUAUUAUCAGUUCUUUACCUUUCAGUCUCUUUGUACUUCUAACAAGAAUAAAAAUUAUCUUAGCUUGGGAGAACAUAAAUUGAUUCUUUAUCUCUGGAUUCGACUAACUCAAUCUUUGAUGAAGAAGUAUCGAUCCAACAUUAGGCCAGCCAACGUAUUUCUCUAG